AUUGAACAACCAACGUGAGACAAACGUGUAACUUAGGUGACCUCCACUAAAAUUUUUCUUGCUUCCAUAUAUUUCAUUCUGUCUGCCUGCGCAUUUUCUUCACAUAUACGUACAACAAAUACAAGUAUUUGUAUCUAUAUAUUUAUACAUACACAUAGAGAGAGGAAAUGGAAUCGGAGGACGAGAUGGAGCUGAUGAUGGACGAUUCGAACGACGACGAUGAAUUCUACGGCGGCGGAGGAGAUGAUGAUGACCUGGAUGACGUCAUCAUGGAUUACGAUGGCUUCAUCGACCAUGAUACGGAUGACUCCGACGACUUCGACUUCUCCUCCUCCUCCCAUUCACACCACAACCAUCAUCAUCGAUCGCAGAACUAUGCAAUUUUGAGUGAAGCUGAUAUUCAGCAACUGCAAGAGGAAAAUAUUACAAAGGUAUCUACAGUUCUUUCCAUUCCAAGGGAUGCUGCUAGCAUUCUUCCUAGUUCCUUCAAGUGUGAACGGCUUCCUGGCUUCAGCUAA